AAGGAGGGCGCUAGAUAAACAGUUUAACAUUUCAACUUCAGAGCUGGAAUAAAUACAGGAGAGAGUGAAGUGUUUUCUAGAACCUCCCGUCAAUAGUUUUGUUGAAAAAGACCCUGUUAUGCAUCUGAACGUAUUUUCGGCCGUGGCGACGGUUUUUCUUAUGUCGAGUGUGGCUGUUUCAUCUGCCGCUGACGCUACCCUAUACCCUCCCGACCAACCCCCCGUGGUUGUUGUAUACAACAAAACUGUGACGGAGGGGCAGACGGUACAGCUUGAUACAUCCAGGCGUUCUGUGGCCAUCCAAUGUACUGUUGAAGGUGGAAACCCAAGAGUGUCAGAUAUCACCCUGACAUGUGGUGGUAGUACAUUUACAAUUAACAGGUACAGUGAAUUGUUUAACCUCCCCUACACCAGCAGCGAUCAUAGAAUCUCAUGUACUUGCUCCGCGAACCACGUUACUGGACUAUACAAAAAAACAACUUCUUUCGUCUUUAGCACAGGCCACACAGCUGUGAUCUGGAAUGUCCUACUGUUGACGUCACUGCUCCUGGGUAGGACAGUCUUGUCCUUGUCUUCAGACUAAACCCGCAUUGUCAUGACAGUCUAUCGUUUUUGUAUCACGAGCAUAUAAAAUAUAUAAGAUUUUUUAUACUUUAAAUCUGUUAUAUGGUUUAUGUAUUGUAAUAUUUAAGUUUUUCGAAAUUGUAGCUUUCAUUUUUAUUUUAUAGUCA